AUGUGCGCCAAUGCCGCCCCGACGACCUCACUGUCGCCCUUCACCUCAAGUAGCCGGUCGCUCUUCUCCAGGUUGACGUCGCCUUUGAAAGCACGUUCGCGAAAUCUGACCGACUUCUACAUCCGCCCGGACGAGCCGCAUCGGAAGUACUCACCGGGAGAUCUGGUCAAGGGCGCUGUUAUCCUCACAGUGGUCAAACCUAUACGAAUUACACAUUUGACAGUCUUCCUUCAUGGCUUCGUACGAGUCUUCAAGAACCCGAAUAGUGCGAAUGAACCUCUGCCGGAUCCCGCCCUGACAUCGAGCAAUCCCAAGAAAUCCCAAUACUUUGGGAACGGCCAUGCCUCCCUCUUCCAGGACGAAUCGACCCUCUGUGGUGAAGGGCGCCUCGAUAUCGGUGUCUACGAAUUCAAUUUCGAGCUAGAAUUUCCCGCGAAGGGAGUUCCAACAAGUAUUGAUUUUGAGCGAGGCACCAUUUCUUACCUGAUCACCGCAACCAUUACUCGACCGACAUCAAUCACUGCGACUGCCAGCUGCGAUCAAAAACUUGCUCUUGUUGAGACAGUUGACAUUGGGCCACUGCCCCCACCCAAACCCCGCACAAUAUCACUAGAACCAAUAUCACGGAGAGCGAGGAGGAGGAAAACGACAAAAGCCAAGGGGAGUCCAUCUAAGGAAAAUGCCGAUGCAGGAUCUGGAAGUGAGGCAGUACGGAUGGCAGGAUCCCCAUUACCAGAUGAUUCUGCCAGUCAGUGUGGAUCGACAGACCACCACGCCACUCCUCGAAGCCCAGUUCCAAGUGAAAUCCAGAGCACAGUCAGUGCCGCCAACAGUGCAGAUAGCACUAUUAGCAGCAGUACCGGACUCAGCUUCAGAUUAGGACCUGUACCUUCUUCUGCAAAGUCCAACCGUGAAAGCCCACGAAACAGCAGCAAAUUAUCUCUUGCGGAUCAGACCAUCACCGCUACAAUCGAAUUACUCAAGUCAGGUUGCCUACCUGGUGACAACAUCCCAUUGAAGAUUUCCAUAAAACACACAAAAGCGAUCAAAAGCAUGCAUGGUAUCAUUAUCACUUUCUAUCGAUCCGGAAGGGUAGAUUCGGCACCUCCACUGUCGCUCUUUUCUGACAUGAAGGGCAAGGACGUCGAAAAAUUGAAGCAUGAAGAAUACUACCCAAAGUCCAAAACUGGGCUUGGAGGGUUAUCCUUAUCAUCGGCUGGCUCUAGCAGUAUGUUUCGUAAAGACCUUUCUCAGACUUUCGCCCCAAUAUUAGUCGACCCUGUCACAUUGACAGCGAACGUCAACGCCUCGGUGAGAGUCCCAGAGGAUGUUUUCCCCACAAUCUCUGGUGUCCCAGGUCAGAUGAUCAGCUUCAAAUAUCACGUCGAGGUUGUCGUCGAUCUUGGAGGAAAAUUAGCUGGCCAGCAGAGACACGUACCCCGAAUAGGUGCUGUCACUUCUACUGCCCGAGACCCGAACACGAAUAUGCUUGCUGCCUGGGGUGGCGGCAUUGUGGACACCGAAAACAUUCGACGAGAGAAGAGCGUCGUUGCUUGUCUCUUUUCUGUUGUUGUAGGUACAACAGACAGUGCUCGACAGCGUGCAAGAGGACAUAGUAGUGCCAGGAGGCAGAUAGACGAAUGGUCGGAAGGUGCUUCUGCACAUAUUCCGCAAGCACACGAACCUAUCUAUGAGGAGUUCAAUCAAGGUCAAGAAGACCCCUACCAUGGACAUCAACAAAAUUAUUAUCCUUAUCACGAUCAGCAGUAUGGACCGCAGUAUCAAGAAUACUAUCCAAACGACGAGUAUGAUUAUGAGGAAUAUUACCCAGAUCAGUACCCACCACCUGCACUAGAUCAGAUCGAUGUUCCUCCUCCUGAAAUGCAACACGAAGAAGGAUUGUCUGAUAAGGAGAGAGCACGCCGCGCCGAGCAACGUCUACUACCCAGUCAACCUCCAGACGAUACGCCGGGGCCGUCAUCCUCGAGGACAGUCAUACCUCCAUCAGCACCACCUUUGUUUGCACCAGAAACUGAAGAGGAAGAUCUUUACAGCACUGAAGACGUCACUCCUGUGGCAACUUUGGACGGCUUGCACAUUAAUCAUAAUGGUACUGACGAAAAUGACACUCUACCCUCAGCGCCGGCCCUGGAAGAUUUUGGGCCAACGAACAGAGCACAAGCCACCGAAGACAAGCAAGAGCUCGAAAGACAGCGAUUGAUUGCCGAAGCUAGUGCACCCCCAGAGUUUCCAAAUGACGACGAUGACAAUGCUGGUGAGGGUAGCAGUGGAGUGCAGCAUGAACCCACUGCGCCAAACAUCCCCGAUGACGAUCGUUAUGACGGACAAUUUUCACAUCUUGAUCUGUCAGGUCCAUCAUCUCGUCGUGAUACUUUGCCAAAGUACGAGCGUUGA